AUGAAGGUUACUGGCCCUGUUCCAAUCGCGGCUUUCAUGCGCCAGGUUUUAACCUCUCCCGAUGGCGGCUACUACACAACUCGAGGCGAAGGUGGAGGCGUAUUUGGAAAGAAUGGCGAUUUCGUCACGUCGCCCGAGAUCUCUCAGGUCUUCGGCGAGCUGAUUGGUAUAUGGACUGUGGCAGAGUGGAUGGCGCAGGGGCGCACAAGGAGCGGAGUUCAAUUGAUGGAGGUUGGUCCCGGAAAGGGAACAUUGAUGGACGAUAUGCUGCGGACAUUCCGCAAUUUCAAGAGCUUCUCCUCGAGCGUGGAGGCUAUUUAUCUUGUCGAAGCUAGCGGGACGCUCCGGGAAGUGCAGAAACGUCUGCUCUGCGGCGAGGAGGCCGCGAUGGAAGAGACUGAUAUCGGCCACCGCAGUAAAUGCAAGUACUUCGAUGUGCCCAUUGUGUGGGUUGAAGAUAUUCGUCUUCUGCCGCAAGAGGAGGGAAAGACGCCGUUCAUCUUCGCACAUGAAUUCUUCGAUGCACUUCCAAUCCAUGCAUUCGAGUCUGUCCCACCAGCUCCGGAAAACCAGCAGACAGAUGAGCCGCGAAAGAUCAUGACUCCAACUGGCCCGGCAGAACUGCACAAUCCACCCAAGGCCGCGAACACACCACAAUGGCGCGAGCUCAUGGUGACAUUAAACCCAAAGGCCGUCGAGGAAAAUAUCGCAGGAGAGCCUGAGUUCCAAUUAACGAAAGCCAAGGCCUCCACCCCUUCGUCACUGGUGAUCCCGGAGAUUUCCCAGCGUUACCGAGCGCUCAAGUCGCAGGCAGGUUCGACCAUUGAAAUCAGUCCAGAGAGCCGGAUCUAUGCUGCAGACUUCGCACGCCGCAUUGGUGGCGGGGCCUCUACCGCGAAUGCUUUGAAAAAGAAUCCUGCUUCUAACACUGUUGCCCCAUCCAACAAGAAAACACCCUCUGGAGCAGCUCUUAUCAUGGACUACGGAACCUUGUCAACCAUUCCCAUCAACUCGCUUCGAGGAAUCAAGAGCCACGAGAAGGUGGCGCCACUCUCAGAGCCAGGACGGGUGGAUGUUAGUGCAGAUGUCGAUUUCACAUCGCUGGCCGAAGCAGCCAUUGAAGGUAGUGAUGGCGUUGAGGUCCACGGUCCUGUUGAGCAGGGCGAUUUCCUCGGUGCUAUGGGAAUUGAAGAGCGUAUGCGCCAACUUCUUCGUAAGGUGCCAGACGAGGAGCACAGAAAGACGCUAGAGACCGGCUGGAAGCGUCUUGUGGAGAAGCAUGCCGGGUCUAUGGGUCAAAUUUACAAGGUCAUGGCAAUUUUGCCUGAGAAUGGUGGCAAGCGACGGCCUGUUGGAUUCGGAGGGGGCAUCUCCAUGUAG